ACAACAGUGACUAAACACUGCUGCUUGACGGUAAAAAUAGACAUUGCGGUGGUACCUACCCAGGCGGACUCUCUCAUGUGAGAGACCUACCACCAGUACCACCAGAUCUUUCCGGUCGUGUGGCCAGAUGUAUUAUGAAAGAGCAAAUCAUAUUCUGAAAACAAUACAAGAGUAACAGUUGUAGGUAAUAGGUAUGACAGAUAAUAAUGUACGUAUCUACACGACCAUUAAACGAAACAAUAUUUUUAAUGAAUAAUAACUCAUGUAAACUACCCACUGGAUUAUUACUUUUAGAACGGUAGUUUUGAGCGAUUAUAAAUUCCCGCCAAAGAUGUCCUUUCAAAGUAUGCAGAGCCAUACUUUUGCGAAGAGGUGGAAUAAGGUCAUUCCAGAUCUUAGAAGCUAAUAGAAGUAGAUACAUGCUCACCUAUGUGUUGUAGAUUUGAGGAUGUAAGCAACACAGAAAACAUGAUAUAGCGUAGUCAAUAGUAAGAGACAAAGACUAGCGUCAUACCAGCGUAUAUACAGUUGUCGUUAAAUAAUACCUAGAUACCUACACGUUGACAGUGCUAGUUAGCAGUGGCUCGCCGCGCUCAUUGCAGUUUCAUCCACGCGCGCGAACUACCCGGUGUCGUAGAACGUACGGCGCUUCGGCCGCCCUUAAACAAAACACGAGUGCUAUGCACAUAAAAUAUUAGUAAACAUCAGUAGGGUAACCCGUAACAGGCUGGUAGGGGGACUAGGCCGGAGCUACAUACUACUUGCCGGCGAGGAUCUAGACUUGAAAGUAGGCGUACGUGUAUCACAGUGUGAGUGUGCAUGUACACGUACGCGUGCAUGUGUGCGGGCGCGGCGUAACGACGGCGCAGCGGCGACACUCCGGCGACACUGCGGCGAGUCUGCGGCGGCACUGCGGCGCGGCAUGGAGCGCAGCUGAGGCACCACCACGCCACGACAACGCACGAAAAAAUGCGCUGGAUAUUCCCCGUCCCAGUGCUCCUCAUGUCUUGGUUCGGCGUGGAACAAGUAAAGGCUAACUCGUGCAUCCGGACCGCAUUAUGGGCUAUAUCUCUCAGCCCUCUUGUUGAGGCAGAAUGCCAGACUCGCACCAUCUACUGCUACGAGUGCGACAGCUGGACGGACGCGCGAUGCAAGGACCCGUUCAACUACACGGCGCUGCCGCGCGACCAGCCGCCGCUGCAGACCUGCCACGGCUGCUGCGUCAAGAUGGUGCGCUACUCUAAGAGCCCGUACGAGGUGGUGCGGCGCACGUGCACGUCACAGCUGCAGAUCAACCUGUUCAUGGUGGACCAUGUGUGCAUGAUGGAAAGUACUGGCACGGGCCACAUGUGCUUCUGCGAGGAGGACAUGUGUAACGGCGCGGCGGCGCUGGCAGGCGCGGGCGCCGCGGCGGGCGCGCUCCUCGCCGCGCUGCUCGCCGCUGCAUGCGCAUGCAUGAGGUGAAGCACGCACCGCACUCACCGCGCCGCGACUGCCGACUCCGCCCCGCUCUACCGCGCCGCCCCGAGCGCCACUCGCCUCCUUACCUCUUAUACUAUCACUGGAACUUACACAACAAAUCCCCUUGCGUUCUACAUAGGCACAUGUCGCCGGUGAAACACAUCACGCGAUGUUGUUAUUAGUGAUGUGCUUUAUCGUGACGGCCAGUGGUGGCGUGUUGCUAGAGAGGGGCGCGUGGUCGAUAAGUCUAUCGGUUCAGUGUACUAACCCUAGUUUUUAUUCUUCGUCCAACGUAGCGGUAGUUUUUCUCUAAGUGCUUAGUUUUCACAAGCGCCGGCUUUGGAAUCGAACUCAUUAACACUUCGGCCGGAACAUUAUUGUUAUAUUGAUCGAACAGACAGCGCAGACGGUGACGAGCGCCGGCCGAAUGCUCGCGUGGGUAAGGGACGCGCAUCGCGCGGACGCGACUCAUGCGAGUGAGACGGCGCCGCGUGACGCGAUCGUAAAGUUGUUCAUUUAUAUUUAAUGAGGGUUGUGAUUUGGUAGAACCACUAAUUUUAUGCGAUAAAUAUGUAUUUAUGGCUUAAAAUGGAUUUUAAAUAAGAAUAUCAAUCAUGUGUUGCCAACGAUAACAUAAAUGUAGAUGACAUGAUGUUAGUGGCAACAAGUUGAACAUCACCGUCUGCACUGUCGAGUUCGCGUGCCACCUAACAGAUGACAUCUUUUAAUAUAUUGUUAUUAAAUUGUAAUGUUAACAUUUUCCUCGUCUAACCACCGCCAUACCUGAUACGAGACAACAUACUGUUAAAGCUAGAUAUUGACUCGAAGAAUUUCAGCUAUUAUAGUCAUACUAGUCUAAUAAAGGUCUUGUACCUCAAUAAAGGCAUUGGUAACUGUGAGCGACGCGAGUUUGUUCGCAACCAAUAAUGAUAAUAUAUUUAAUGACGUGCUCAAAUGUUAGGGAACCGACCGUCCAUAUGCAGAGUGGCUCUGACCAGUGUAAGCGCAAGACUGGGAAAAUGUUAACCACCUGGGAAUGUUACUCGCUUAGACAAAGAGAAGCUUCAAUAAUGUUUAAACUAAGCACGUCUCAUCAAAGUUUAUCAUUUAAGUGACGUGUCGUGUUGGGCGACAGCACUGGCCACGCCGCAUGCCCCGCGCGUCCCGGUAGCACGGUGUGUGGCCGCGUCGCGGUGUCAGUGAGGUUCGCGCAACACGACGCUCUUCGCUACUAAGUAACAUCAUAAGUUUGAAAUAGCAUGUAAAUAAUGCUCAGAUUUAGUAAUGCGACUAGAUCGAUAAUAAACAUUUAUCGAAGGGAUAUAGCUUCGGAUCGGUUCAUAUUUCGACCAAGUCGAUAAACGCACUUUACUAGACGUGGGGCACUUUAGAUAGCCGUUAGGAACAGCAGCGCGUGCGACACGCGCACCGCCGCCGCGCGACCGACUCGGUUCGGCUUCGUUUUUACUAAAAUAUUACAUUUAUACUGAAACAUUUUUCAGGUCUUUGAAACUAAUGCUUUCCGUUCAAAUAUAAUAAGUUUAUAACAAAGUGCACUCGUAGGCGGCAGCGCGUUGCGUGUAGCGAUCAUGCACGCGGCGUGAGCGUGCCCCGCGGCACGGCCGGCGAGCCUCCCCGGAUAGAUUGUACAAGAGUUCCUAUAGUUAGCAAACACGACUUGGCAUUCUUUCUCUUUCUCUCUCUCUCUCUGUUUGUCUCUCUUUCGAUAGUAAUCCUCUAGGAGGUAAAAUUAUAACGAGUGAAAAUAGUUUAACGAUGCUAGCGUGUAGUGCGAUACAAAAUAAUGGAUUUUGUUAGAAUGUAAUAUAGAAUAUAUAAUUUAAUGAAAUAAACACCAAAUAAUUAUAAUUGUUAAGUUUAACGCUUAGAGUUUGAUAUGGAAGUUGAGUUCGGGUUUGUUUUAUAGUAUACAGAGUAUAGACGUGUGAGUUAGCGUAACCGUCCGCGACCGACGGUCAGCGACAGUCGACAGAGCGUCGCCGUGAUGUCGCCGUGACGACGCCGUGACGACACGGCCGGGACGAAUGUUAUUUUUAAUAUAAAAGUAUAUAUGAAGCAAUAGACUACAGACGAUAUAUUUUCAGUAACAAUUUAUGAGGCGCGGAGGGUGGGCCCGGGGGCCGCACCGCGCGCUGUACUCCUCCAAAUUGUGUCACUUGGUUUUUUUUACAUUUAAUAUUACCGUAUUCCAAGCACAAUAAACUGUGACUGUGUCCUUGUGACUUGUAAGAAUUAUUUACGAUACUUAGGUACCAUGGUAUGCCUCAUUUUGGUGUAAGAAAAUGUCUCAAAGUAACAAAUUCGAUUAUUAAUCAUUAUUUUACUUUAAUUUUUGUUAGAAUGGAAGAAAGAAAGAAAAUAUUUAUUUGUUACGGAAAAUCAAAUAAAUUAUGAUAAGUCAUACGGCGUAGAUCUGAUCAAUUUGAGUUAUAAAGCUGUGGUCUAGUGUACGCAAUGCGUGGCAAUGCGUGCGAGUACAGUGUCGCGGGCGCGGCGUCGCCUCGGCGACUGCGGGCCGCGGGGGAUCAUCGCCCAUCGCAUGCUCCCAUUCGUAGCGUAGGACAGAGCAUGCACCACUAGCGGUACCCAGUACUACCAACACCCGACACCCGACAUUCGACACCCGCCCACGCUCUGAGUUAGCUGUCGCUCCUGCUGACCUGCCGAGCCGCGGCGAGCUGCGUGAGUCCGCUAUGAGUUUCACGUUUAAAUUUCCUACAAAAAAUUUGAGUUUACUGAACUGUGACACUUGUAUAAUAUUCUUGUUAUCUCUGUGUUUCAAAAAACAAACUCUUCAGAUGUGAUCUUGUCAUAACCGACAGCUUACUCAGAGCCGAUAUUAUAAUAAAUAGAGUUUUAUUAUAUUAUUAUAAUGCUGUUGAUAAGACUUAACUAAUAACGUUUUACCUUGAUCGCUUUAAUUUAAUAUCUAAUUAGAAUUAAGAAUGCUCUGUAGUGUCCAAUUGUACAUUAGAAUGAUGCCACUUCCAUGCGACACGGCCGUUAGAUGUGCCACGUAGCACAUUCGGUACCUGUAGCAACAACCUAUCGAUCAAUCAGCUCUCGGCAGUGUACGGCAUGUACAAUUGGGCACGGGAUAAAACAUUAAAGUUUCUUCUUUCUCCACGUUUCUAAUCUUUCGCAUAUCACGCAUUAUAGAAGGAUCUACUCGUAGCCGCUCAGUUAACGAACUUAUAGUCAAUUAGUUAUUACUGACGCGUGCGGUGUUGUCGUCCGAAUGAGUCGCGCGAGUCAAGUGAUUCGAAUGGGACGAGUGGCUCGCGCGCCGCUCCCGCACGCGUCGCAGCUUCGACGACUUGUGUAAUGCGCACCCGAGCACGGCGCGGCGCCGAGCCGACGCCGGGCGUGUGGUGCCCGUCGUGCGCUCGGUGUCGGUUCGCGCCGCCGUGUUAUGGACUUGAGUUAAGACAAACCUUUUUGGGAGCAUGUAAUAAUUGAUUCUGUUGGUGUGGACAGCCUUACUGGAUUGUCGGAAUUACUUUUUAAUCUGAUAUCUUGUAGUUGACUCAGAUUUUCCACUGUUUCAAUACUUUGUGUUGAGAUUGGUUCAGUAAGACUGUUGCAUACAAACAUAGAUUUGCACUUUUUUUCCAAAUUUCACUAAAAAGCUGAUGGCUUUGCAAAUUUAACUAAUUGGCCUCCAUUGAAGUCCUAUACUCGGUGACGAGUACGAGUGGCGAUCACACGAUAGUCGACAAGAGCAAAAGCACGGUUCGGGUGCAUGCGCGGUGCAGCAUGUUGCGCGCCACACACGUCUCUCCGCGUCGUGUGCUCGCUCGCUCGCCGGUGGAAACAUACUGUGGCCCGUUUGACAAAUUUUCCUCAUUUUACACUGGUGACGCCAAUAGUUUUUUGUAAAAUUUUUUGCCCUUGAUCGAUCAUCAAACCGAGUGACGGUGAGGUGUCAACGGCAGAAAGUUCGGCUCAAACGUUUCGCAACUGUGUUAAUAUAGCUACGUAUAAGAUAUAUAAUGAAUACACAUGUACCUGUUAUGUAAAUGUUCAAUAUACAUACCUACAUAAUAAUAUUAUGAGUUACAUGAUAGCUGAUAUGAGCUGAUAGAUUUUAUGUAUGUAUGUAUGUACAUGAUAGCGGCAGGCGGUCGCAGCGGUUCCGGCGCUCACUCUGUACUGAGAACUGAUAUCAACUGUUCACAACAUUAGAUAAUCUUUCACUUUUUACGAGCUUUGAUACUCAGGCUUAAAGCUGUGUCCGUAUAAGUAAUACAUAAAAUCCGUGCAACUGUUGUGAUGUUACGCACGAUAUCAGUAAUUUCUAGUAGGCAAAAUGAUGUUGAGAAUAUAUGAAAUUGGUGCACGUGGCGAUCUGCGUGGCGCAGUAUCACUAUGGUGUCUCGGAACCACUGCCUUGUUCUGCUCAUAUUACAGAGUUCUAAUGAUAUUAUAUGGAAUACAUAUUUAGAUAGCGCUCAUCGGUGGUACUCGCGUGAGAGCGAUGUUACCCUGGCGGACUGUGGCGACACGUGUGCAGUGUACGCGUGCGUCUAGCAUCACACCACGACACUACCACGUUAAUACUAUACAAUCUGAGAGUUGAUAACUAUUGAGUAAUGACAGUAACAGACCAACAGGAACUAUGAUUGACAACUCAGUGGUGUGGUGACUGGUAUGAUUUCCCAUCGCCUCGGUCCGCCAGCGGGCAGUCGGGGACCGGUGGCGCUCCUGCACCCGUGAACUAGAUAGGACAAUAAAGAUGAGCCAGUAUUAUUGUUCUUGAUUAAAUGUGUUUAGCUUCAAAUUAAGUGGACAGCGUUUAUUUUUGUCAAUCAAAGUGCCAUAAUUAUAGAGACAUUGUUAUAA